UCCGAGACAAAUCCACACCCACUCUGAGCAUGGACUUGUUGAGUGAAUCCCAUGUGCUGGUGCUUUUCCUCACCUGCCUGGUGUCACUGUGCUGGGCCCAAGAAAAGGAUUACACAGUGAAGGAGGAACAGCCGGAAAACGUGCACAUAGGGAACCUGCGCAAAGACUUGGACCUAAACCUGGACCCUAAUGUUAAGCUGUCAUCAGCCUUGGAGUUCAAACCCGUCUAUAAGUCAGGAGAAGUUCCUUUGGUGCGGGUGGAGGCUAACACGGGCGAGAUCUUUACAACAUCGAAUCGCAUCGACCGCGAGAAGCUGUGCUCCGGAGUCUUCAACGAGAAACGUUGCUUCUACGAGAUUGAAGUGGCUGUGUUGCCCGACGAGAUAUUUCGCUUGGUCAAGAUUCGCUUCCUCAUUGAAGACAUCAAUGACAAUGCCCCUCUGUUCCAGUCUACUGUCAUUAACAUCUCUAUUCCUGAGAAUACUGCCAUCAAUAAUCGUUAUCCGGUACCCUCAGCCUUCGACCCUGACGUUGGGCUGAAUGGCAUUCAACACUACGAACUUGUCAAGAGUGUGAGCGAGUUUGGCCUGGACAUCAUUGAAACUCCGGAGGGAGACAAGUGGCCCCAACUUAUAGUCCAACAAAAUUUGGAUCGAGAAACUAAGGACACUUUUGUGAUGAAAAUCAAAGUGGAAGAUGGUGGCAAACCUCCAAAGUCCAGCACAGCCAUCCUCCAGGUUACGGUCUCAGAUGUAAAUGACAAUCGCCCAGUGUUCAAGGACAGUGAGGUGGAGGUGAACGUGCCUGAGAAUGCCCCUAUGGGGACAUCAGUCACACAACUCCAUGCCACUGAUGCUGAUCUUGGCUCCAAUGCUCAAAUUCACUUUUCCUUUAGCAAUCAAAUCUCUUCAGUAUCCAGACGGCACUUUGCUAUCGAUAGUUCUACUGGUUUGAUUACAAUCAAGCAGCCAUUGGACAGAGAAUCUAUCCCAGUCCACAAGCUUAUAGUCCUGGCAAGUGAUGGUAGCACCACACCUUCAAGGGCUACUGUCAUAGUAAAUGUUACAGACAUUAAUGAUAAUGUUCCAUCCAUAGAUACUCGUUAUAUAAUAAAUCUUGUUAAUGGGACAGUACUCUUGUCUGAAAAUGCUCCUCUAAACACAAAAAUUGCUCUAAUUACAGUGACUGACAGGGAUGCUGACCUUAAUGGUAAAGUGACAUGUUACACGGAUCAUGAUGUACCCUUUCGGUUGAAGCCUGUUUUUAAUGACCAAUUCUUGUUGGAAACUGCGGCCCCGUUAGAUUACGAGACUACUCGAGAAUAUGCAAUUAAGAUCGUCGCUUCAGAUUCAGGGAAACCUCCUUUAAACACUUCUGCAAUGGUCCUUAUCAAAAUCAAGGAUGAGAAUGAUAAUACCCCAGUUUUUCCUCAGCCAGAGAUUCAGCUGUCCAUCCCAGAGAACAAUGACCCAGGCACACAGCUGAUAAAGAUCAGUGCCACGGAUGCAGAUAGUGGUUCUAACGCCCUUAUUAUUUAUACCCUUGGCCCAGAUGCACCUGAAGGAUUUAACAUAGAUCCACGCUCUGGUAUACUCUCCGUUAGCAAGAGACUGGAUAGAGAGAAACAGGAAAGCUAUUCAUUUACAGUCAUUGCCAAGGAUAAUGGUUCUAAUCCUCUGCAAAGCAAUGUCACUGUGAAGCUAAUUGUCCAGGACCAAAAUGACAACAGUCCAGCCUUCACUCAUCCAGAAUAUAAUUUCUAUGUGCCUGAGAACUUGCCUCUGUAUGGCACAGUUGGCUUGAUUACAGUUACAGAUGCAGAUGCAGGCGAUAACUCGGUUGUUACCCUCUCAAUUAUAAAUGGAAAAGACAAUUUUAUUAUUGACCCUAAAACUGGUGUGAUUAAACCAAACAUUACAUUUGACAGAGAGCAGCAAAGUUCCUAUACCUUUAUAGUUAAAGCUGUGGAUGGAGGAUUAAUUCAGACAACUUCAUAUGCCAAGGUUACUAUAAAUGUCGUUGAUGUUAAUGACAAUCGGCCUGUGUUCGUCAUCCCACCUUCCAACUACUCCUAUGACCUGGUCCCCUUCACAACCAGUCCUGGCUCUGUGGUGACCCGUGUGUAUGCCAUUGACAAUGACACUGGUAUGAAUGCAGAGCUGCAGUACAGCAUUAUUGGAGGAUCACCAAGAGGACUUUUUGCUAUUGACAGAACUACGGGGAACAUUACUUUGCAGGAGAAGAUUGUUAAUGCUGACCAAGGUCUUCAUAGGCUGGUGGUAAUGGUCAAAGACCUAGGACAACCAGACCCCUUGCAUGCAAUUGCACUUGUUCACUUGUUUGUGAACGAUACAAUCUCCAAUGCUACAUUCAUUCAGGAGCAAGUUCGCAAAAGUAUGGAGACACCCUUGGACAGAAAUGUUGGGGACAAUGAUGUAGUCCCUCAGACCAAUAGCUAUGUAAUUGUUGUCAUAGCCAUAAUUGCUGGGACUAUGACCGUCAUAUUAGUAAUAUUUGUGACUGCUUUGGUACGUUGUCGACAAACACCUAGACACAAAGUUGUUCAGAAGGGCAAGCAAAGCGGUGAGUGGGUAUCACCAAACCAGGAAGGCCGGCAGAUCAAAAAGAAGAAGAAGAAAAAGAAGAGAUCUCCAAAGAGCCUGCUGUUGAACUUUGUCACUAUUGAAGAAUCCAAGUCUGAAGACCCUACUCACGAGCACAUCAAUGGCACAUUAGACCUUCCAGUGGAGCUUGAGGAGCAGACAAUGGGAAAGUAUAAUUGGGCCACCACACCGACCACAUUUAAACCUGACAGCCCUGAUUUAGCCAAGCAUUACAAGUCAGCUUCUCCCCAGCCUACCUUUCAGAUCAAGCCAGAAACCCCAGUGGCUCCCAAGAAGCACCAUGUCAUUCAGGAACUCCCAUUGGACAACACAUUCGUAGUUGGCUGUGACUCUCUCUCCAAAUGCUCCUCCAGUAGCUCUGACCCCUACAGUGUCUCAGAGUGCAGCUGUCAAGGGAGCUUCAAGGCACCUGGACAAAUUCACACCCGACAGAACCAGAUCCAGACCCCAGACAAGACACUGACUGUCGUUCCUGCCACUUGUCCCCAUAAGCAGAGUCAGCGGCGUGUGACCUUUCACCUUCCGGAUGGUUCUCAGGAGGGUUGCAAUGCCACUGGGCAGGUGGAACAGGAGGUGGGCAGCAGUGCCAGUGCCACCAGUACCACUCAGUCACUGCCACUGGGAUUCCCACAGGAUGAGUACUUUGAGCAGACAUCGCCCAACAGCCGCACUGAGGGUGAUGGCAACUCUGACCCCGAGUCUACUAUUGAAGUGAACCUGCAGAAGGCCAUGACUGAGGCGUCGGAAACCUGCACUCAGGAAUGUCUGAUCCUUGGCCAUUCUGACAGCUGCUGGAUGCCCCCGGCGGUGACCCAGUUCCAGACAACUGCUGCUGCCACAUUGCCCUCAUUCAGCCUUCAGCAGAGCUGGGCACACAGCGGCGCCAUGCCAGACGGGCGUCACACCCUUGGCAGAUCUGUGCCCAGAGAUGAUCUGGACAAAGGGAGCAAUCGGCCCCAGUUCUACAGCACGCUGGAUAGACACUGUAGCAAGAAAGAGGACGCUGUGAAGGUCAUCCCUCUUGCCAGCUUCUCAGCUACAUCGAGCCCGCAGAACUCGGGUACUGGCGCGUUCUUACACGAGCAUCAGCUGUAAAAGGAGCAAGCAUCUCCUAUAAGUUACAGCGACAACGAAAAAUGAGUGAUGAGAAAAGCAUACCUAAGUUGACAACUGACAAAAGAAAAUCUUGACAAAGUUUAUCAUCAGUCUGUAUUUGCAAUGCUUAUAAAAGGAUUUCUUUUUUUCUUGUCUUUGUCAGGAUAGAAAUCAGUUAAACGAACAGACAGUCGUAAUACUUUCUCAACUCCAGACUCUUUAGUCAUCAGACUGCAUAAUCAGUAGAUUUAAACCAAAGUAGCAUCUCAAAUGAAAAACUAAGUAAAAAAAAAAAAAAAAAUAAAUAAAUAAAUAAAAACAAAAACAAAACAAACAAACAAAAAAAGCUGUGUCUCUUUGGUAGGUAGCGGCUAACGAAUCAAGCUUCAGAAAUGAUGUCAAUGUUUUUGAGCCUUUUAAAUAUGAUGUAAUUAUAAAACACACAUAAAGUAUAUGCUGUUGAAGAAAUUAGUAAGGUGUUAUUUGUGUGAGUGGUUGCAGUGUAAGCUUCAGUGAGAUUCAGUGAGUAUAUAGUGUGAUUUUUGAUUUUAUUUUAUUUCUAGCAAACUCUUCUUCUCAUCUAAGUGCUAUAGAGGAGCUGUCCAGACAACAGACAUGUUAUUACGCCUCACUGCAAACAUUUCUCUUGCUUUCUUACAUAUAGAAAGUUUUUACAACUCCUCUCUUUUCUUGUGAAAUCGACUUCUAUUUUUCUUCAUGAACUAAAAGUGAGGCUUCCUCUGAUGACUGAGAUUUCAUGCUUCUGACACCCUUUUUUCUUCCAUUAUUAGGAACCUAGUCAUUUUCUUAUUAACCAAGCCUGGGAAGGCACAGACAGAUGUGCUAAGGAGCUAUCCUUUGUUUUCCUUCUCUCCUACAUCAAGUUUCGCUUUUGAAAUAUACAAUUUAUGCACCAUAACAAGUGCUAUGGAACCAAUUAUGAGAAUCUCCUGAUAGUAUAAUUACUUUGAUCUGUAAUCACCGUAGCAGCCAUAGCUGUGGAAGACUGCUCUGUAAUAGUAUAAUUGGCUUACUUUUUCUUUGUAUGUGUGUCUGUGUGUGUUACCAUUGUGGCACAUUACUCUUUCCAAAUCUAUAAAAACAUAACGCUAGGUCCCUGAGUUCCUGAAUGUGGAUUGUUCUUUGUUUUUUUCGCUUCAGUCAAGGACCUAAAGAUUAUUUGUGAACUGUAUGCUUUUUUACUGCUAAAUAGUACUAGAAGCUGUUUUUUUUUUUAAUUCUCUCUCACAUCCACUCUGUAGGUUUCCAUAGGUUCAACUCGUAAAAUAAAACUGUGUUCAUCAUGUGGACUUAAAGACAAUGUCGAUCAUAAGGCCACAAAACAGUAACAAGGACAGAAACUGUAAUUAUAAACUUCAGAGUGCAGUUAAUUAAGCGUUUCUCUCUUUUUUUGUUCUUCUCUGAAUGAAAUAAAGUCACAUGUACUUUUUUUCUAUAUUAAUUUGGAAAUAGGCAGAACCCAAAGAGCCAGCUUCAGCAAGCAUACUUUCUUUAAUUCAGCAAUUCUGCUUAGUACAUACUGAUGAAACCCAAGCAUUUGAGUUAGUGAUCCAAAAAAUUACUUUCUUACAAAUUAGGUGGAAUAGCGGUGUAGGAAUGCCAGGAGAGUGGUAUGAUGAGCCUGGGUCUGCUGUAUUGCUCAUUGAUCUGAGAGAAUGCACAGUUGCAUUGGCAGCAACUCCCUGGACUACAGCAAAAAAAAAAAAAAAAAAAAACCCUUAAUGCUGUUAAUCAAUGAGAAGAACUAUAGGGUGUUACUGCAUCAGAGCGUAAUGCAUUGGACUAACUGUACAGUAAAACACUUUCUUUUUUGCCUACCAAGACAGUAUCAUUUGAAUAGCAAUUUUUAAUGCUUGAAUCCUAGCUGUACUCAUUAAAAGAAUAUAUCAGUAAAAUUGACACUUAUUUAUGGUGGUCCAGAAGUUGAUGUUGAUUAAUCUGGUAAUUAGAAUGAGCAAAUAUGUGUAUAUUAUUUGGUGUGUUGGAUUCUUCUUCAUCCCAGUUCAGUCUAGAAAAAAAAAAUGAAAAAGGUGCGUGUUGUUUUCAAACUGCAUGAUUCCAACAUUUUUUUUUUCUUUUAACAACAUUGAAACAAAAAACAAAAUGCUCCUUCAAUGCCAUGCAAUGUCAAUUUACCACUAAAUAUAUAGUAGUAAAUUGACAUUGCAUGGCAAAUGUAACUCUACUAGCUCAGUAGAGUUACAUUUGGUGCCAAAGGUCUUGCAAGUGAAAAUUCACUAAUAGAAAAAAAUGCAUACUUUAAUAUAUUAUACUAUCCUAUGUUCAUGACCAUUCUCCCUUUUAACACUUUUUAUACAUUUUACAUAAUUAAAUAGGAUGCAUUGUGAAAGCAACAUGAAUCAGUAACAUUAAACUUAGGCAUUUAUUUUUAAUACUCUGGAUAUUGUGGAGGAAAAUUUCCAUCUCUUAUUUUUUAUGUUUGCAUGACCUUGAGAGAAGGUUGUGACCUUUGAAGCUCAGCCCAUGUUUGAUGGUGAUGCAGUGCAUUGUGUAGCCAUGUGACCACUCUUGGAUUGUGUUAGAGAUCUGAACUUGUCGUGGCAGUAAUAAAUACUGAUAAUGCAAGCCCUCCCUAAUAUCAAUAUUUCAAAACAGGAUCAUAUUAUUUAUAAAAACGCAAAUCAGCUUACAUCAUGUGCCAAAAAAAAAGAAAAAAGCAAAAGGCACUAAAUGAAAAAAAAAACAUGUACAUAUAUAUUUAGAAGUAACCUUGGAUGACAUUAUCUGACAAAUUGUUGGCAAAGGGAAGUGCUUGGUGUGUCUUGAACGUAUUCAUAAAAUACAUAAAACAAUGAAAAUUAAAACAUUAUGAGACAAUCUUCAUCAUAAUGUAGGAAUUCAUUAUGCAUAUAUCAGUGUAUGUGUGCGCGGGUGUCUUUGUGUGUGUGCAUGUAUGUAUACUGGCAUAGAGAUGGUCAGAAUAAUGUACACACCAUGCAUCUUGUAUAAAGCAGGAAAACUAUAUGAACCUAUUGCUAUACUAGCUCUGCUUGUAAUUUAAUUAUUUGUUGUGUUUUACAAUUGCUUUGAAAGAUGACAGCUUUGAUAUGUGCCAGCAGUACACUAUUAAACAAUAAAAAUAUCCUGUGUAUUGUCUUGCCCCUGUAAAAUAUCCCUUUAGAAACUAUGAAAAAAUGCAUUAAUUUA